AUGGAUUGCAUGCGUAAUCAGUUGUUUGAAGGCGUUGUACUGGAUGGACGAUUCGAAACCAUCGCACCCCUUAAUCAUGGCUCCUUCGGCAUGGUCUUCCAGGCGAAGGACCUCUGGACCGGAGAUAUUGUAGCCAUCAAGUGCCUCACCAAGACUGCGGGAGCGAACGACUGCUCCAUGUUCGCUGUUGACGACAAAUCUGAGGAACUUGACAUCCACCUCCGCAUCGGAUCUCAUCCAAACAUCGUCAACCUGAUUCACUCCUUCGAGACCAAGAAUCACAUCUACCUCGUCCUGGAAUUCUGCUCGAAUGGCGACCUCUAUGAAGCCAUCCGCCUUGGCAAGGGACCCCUCCAGACCCAACACGUUCGAGACUUCAUGCUCCAGCUGGUCGACGCUGUUGAGCACAUGCAUUCGAAAGGCAUCUACCACCGUGACAUCAAGCCUGAGAACAUCUUUCUCAACCAGUACGGCGAGAUGAAGCUUGGCGACUUUGGUCUUGCCACCAAGGACGCCUGGUCUUUUGAGGCAGCCGUAGGCAGCGACCGCUACAUGGCUCCCGAGCAGUACGACCCUUCCAAUUUCGGCUACUCGACCGCGAAGGCAGACAUCUGGGCCAUCGGUAUCUGCCUGCUGAACGUCUUGUUCUCUCGUAACCCGUUUGCUGUGCCUGCCACCUCGGACCCGCUGUACGCAGACUUCGCUCUCGACAAGCAAACACUCUUCGACGUGUUUCCAAACAUGUCUCAGGACACCUUCGAGGUGCUGAUUCAUUGCAUGGCAAUCGACCCCGAGAAGCGAUCUCUGUCUAUGGUCAAAGAAGCACUCGAACGCGUCCUCAGCUUCACCACUGAUGACGAGUCCCUCGAUGAGUUCUGCACUGAGGAGCGCGAGACUGUCAUUGCGAGUGCCAACCGCGAACCCCUCCGCACCCCGUCCGUCUCCACUGCUCAGCUCAACAAUGACGGCUCGUUCCCUUGGGCCAAGGCUCUUGCCUUGUCCCCGCCGCAGCAGCUCCGCCAGCUUUCCGCAAUUCCUGAUACGGAGACGUAUUCGGAGGAUCUGUUCUCUUCCUCGGAACAAUCUCAGGACUGGUACGAUGUCAAGCCGGACACCGCUUCUACUGUCUCGUUUGUUGAUUCUGGUUUGGGUCUGUCUUUCAAGUCUUAUGGCAACGCCCAGCCCGAGCCAAUCAAGGUCCAACGUUCUAAGCCUGUGCCUAUUUCUGGGUCAAUGCCUAUUACGGCUGCCAGACCUAUCCCGAGCAUGUCUACGGUCUUUGGAAAGAAGAGAGAUCUUAUUUCUAAGAGCUGGAGUGAUCUCUGGGACGAGGAAGAGGAGGCUCAUCACGCGGUAGCUGAGGUCGAAAAUACGUUUGAGCGUAAGGGAGGCUUCAAGAAAGAGAAGGCUUGGGAUCACUUCGAAAGUGAAUCAGGCGUCUCGACUCCCCGUGGUGGUCUCACCGAGGUCAAGAACCCUGCUACCGCCAACAACAGCAGGAACCGCACUCCCGAACGCAAACACCACGUGGACGACCGAAUCAGCGAGCACACCGGCUUCGUCUUCGAAGACCACACGCCUGCCCCUCGCUACUCUCCUCCAUCGAAGCGUACCAUCAUGGACAAAUGGGCCGCGUUGGGUGAUCGCAGGCGAGCUCAACAGACGCCGCAGAAGGCCCAAAAGUCUCCUCAGCCUGCCACGAAGCGAAUUCGGGCAAGCAGCUGGAGGCGCCAUCUCAACUUUGGCCAGAACCACGCCAAUGACAGCGGCAUCUGGGAGCAGAAGGAGCCGUGGAGUGCUUCGCGAGACUGGCGUCAGCAUCCAAAUUUUUCUACCGAUGACGUUGGCGAUUUAGAGUGGGUUGGAGGUUGGCAUGACCUCCACUUGUAG